AAACCCACCCCUUGUUCUUCUUCAAAUUAGGCAGCGAGAACAACCCAAAACUGGCCGCGAAGGCGGAGGCGGGCAGUCGGCAAGACGCGGCACAAGCAGCUUCUGUGGGCGCCACGAUCAGAUCCCGAUAGCGCCAGCAAGCAGCUUCACAGUCCUAUUUCGUCGCUGUCAGCACUCUCAAUUCCAGGCUUGAAGCCGUAAUUACGCGUAUUUGACAGUGAAAAUUCCGCGAUGCAGUUCUUCAAGCAGUUGACGGACCCAGCGCUCAAGCGGCUGUACAAGUUCGUGCUCAAGCGCAUGAUCGGCCGCUUCUUGGCGGCAGACGAGCUGGAUUUGGACCAAUUAGACGUACAUCUUCGCUCUGGGCGACUAGAGUUAUGCGAUCUGCUGCUCAAUGCCGAGGUACUGAAUGCCGAGCUCUGUGAGGCCCAAGGACUGCCUUUUAAGGUCAAAAAGGGCUAUCUGGGGUCUGUUCGAGUGGCUAUCUCGUACGCCAACAUCAUGAGCGAGAGCUGCUUGGUGGAGAUUGACGAUAUCGAGAUCAUUCUGGUGCCAUUGGAGAAGGACGAGGCCCAGACAAGACAGAGCUGCACAGAACCAGAAGAGAAGGAGCAGAAAGAAGAGAAUGAAGAGAAGAAGCCCAUGACGCCUGAGCCAGUGGACGAGAUCUCGCAGGAAGGACUCGACUUUGUGGCCAGCUGGAUCGAGCAGGUCACGUCCAAGAUCAAAGUCACAUUGUCGAAUAUUUGUCUGAGACUGGAGACCGGAGAGCAGCACAAUGGACGAGAUGUGGCGUUGCUGUGUAAGCUGCAGUGGGCGCAGUUUACAGACGAGUCGGCGGCGGACGUGCAGAGUGUCUACGGACGAAGUAGCUUGGACCACUCUGCAGGAAUGUAUGGGUCUCAGACGAUGGGCGGAGGAGUGCAGUCCAUGGCGGCCAGUACGCUGUUCGGUAUCUCUCAGAAGGGUAUAAAGUUUCGCGGUAUCAGUAUGGAUUUACACCUGAGCAGUGAGGAAGAAGACGAGGAAGAUCGAUGGACGGAGCGACGACGCACGGAAUACAGCGACAUGGUGCUGCAUCCGUUCCUGGCGAGUGACCCGAAUAAGGAGAACUACAUUAAGGUCAAGCUGUCCCAUUACGAGGCACUAGAGGCACCAGCGAUGGACGCAGAUGUUUUCUUCCACUCGAUUCGCAUCGUAUUACAGCCUCAAUAUUUCCCAGAACUUGGAAAAAUUGUGGAUGCGUUCUCGACGGACCCUGCGAAGCUGAAUGCCCACCAUUUCGAUGAUCGUUAUAUGUCCACAGCGAUGUUCCAGUCGAUUUGCGAUGACCGACCUGCAUGGAUGACUGGGAGUGAUGACGGCGAGGACGGUGAAGUCGGAGGAGCGCUCAACUUAUCAUUUAAGGAAUUCCAGCGCAUUGAACAGCUACUUUUGCAGUAUCGACAGACCCAAGAUGACCUGAAAACUGCACAACGGCGGUGUAGUUCAACUGAAGAGGAAACGGCAGCGGGUGAUAGACAUCUACUGUCCAAGACGCGGAAGCUCUCGGCAGCAGAAAGUGUCGAGAGCAUUGGUUUGUCGGACUUAGAAGACGAGGAGGACGGGUUUUUCGAGUGUGAAACAGGACUCGCAAGCUCCAUCGCUCCAGGUGGAUCGCUUGCAAGUUCCAGUAAAUUAGGUCAAUCCAUGUAUGCGUCGGCGAGAUACGGCUUUGACGAGAACGAGACGGAAAGCAGGCGUGAUGACCGAAGCCAGUUAACAUGGUCCACGAUAGCGCAGAAUCGAGCGGCACGUCGAGUGCAAUCGCGGGUUAAAGUUCAUCUGCUGGAGUGCGAGUGUGUCCUUCUGUAUGAUGAUCUCCCUGACAACGAAGAGGAGGAAGAAGGAGACGGAGAUUCACUGAGUGAAAGAGAGGACGAAGGCUCGAUGACUGAUAGCCGUUUCCUCCGCGCUCCUGUGAGGCCCACAAAGCCCCUACCAUCGGUUGACGGUCUUGAGCGCUUGGAACUCCUGUUGAAGGACAUUAUUUUCUCGAGCUUGGCGUAUUCCCAGUAUUCAUUACUUGCAUUCACCAUUGGGAAGUUCACUAUUACGGAAAAGACGCUUCCGCGCAUGUCGUUGGAUGCCGAAGAGGACGAAUCGGCCAUGUUGUCUACGUGUGUGUUGAGAUUUACUGACACGUCGCCAGUUUCCGGUCGCAGAGUGAAUUUAUCAGCCAAUGUAUCUGCUCAGCUGCGUAUCGACUUUACGCCUGGAUCGGAUGAUGGGACUCCGUCAACUAUUUCAUCACUUGGAGUGCGAGUAAACGUUCAGCCCGUUCUUAUUGAAUGGGAUAUGUAUCUGCUAGACAGAGCUCAUCGUCUUCUAGCUCUCCUGGAAGAAGAUACGUCGGUAGCAAAGCGAAAGGCAGCGUCAACGGCACCUGACGCCAAGGAGUUCCCCAAGACGUUCGACAUGACAACGGAGUGUGUGCAGAUGACGCUGCGCUUUCCUAUGGUCAACAGCGACCUGAUUCGCUUUGGUCCGUCGUCCAAGCGUGGUCUAUGUGAAGAUAGACUUCUGCUGACGUUGGAGAGUGUCAAAGUGGCGUCGUAUUCUCUGCGUGAAGACGAUGAGACCGCUGAAGCACGGACACCUAUGCCGCCUCAGUACAGGAAGACAACGUCGCUGCCGUGGUUGACAGAGUUUGACGUUUCUUUCGACAAUGCGAAGGUGUCACUAUUGACUCCAGAAAAUGGCAAUCAACGCGGCUCUCGACUGGAGAAAGCGGUGCUUAUCACAGCCUGCAGUGACGAGCGAUCGGGUGACGUUUGUACGCUUCGGUUGCGUCUUCAAACGCCAUCGCGUGAAGAAAUGAAGGAGGCUAUUGCUAGCAAGCAGAAUUUAUCACAAGAUGCCAGCCAAAGCCCCGACGGUGCGUCUGUUGGUAGCUCUCCUGACGAUGUUACUGGUGACGACAAUGAUGGAGGGAGAGUGGGACUGAAUGGCUGGAAUCUGGAUGCUUUGGGGCGUGCAGAGUCGUACGAGUGCGCAGCAGCAGCAGCUUCGCUCUACUCCGUGGAAAUCGGAUUUCCCCGUGCCAACGCAGUUUUGUUCAAGUCCUCAUUGGACAGGUUGAUGGUGCUGUUUGACGCGCUUUUGAUGAUCAAUCCUAUCGAUGUCGACAGCUACAACCAAAUUUUUGCCGCCGCUGCGCUUCGGAAUCGAUUGAUGCCCAGCUACAUGAGUAUGAAUCUCAAGUUGGGCGAAGGAACCGUCCGGGUAUGUGACUACGUUUCCCUGCCUCCCUCUCAAGGUACAAACACGUCUGCAGUACAUGGAACCGAAGACAAGACAAUAGAUGAGUUCGAGAAGGUUCUAUUCACGUAUCACUUCGCCUUCCAGACACUGAAGGUGUUCCAGGUUUCUCAGUGGAUGGGGCAACUGGUCUCUCGCGUUCAUGUACUCGCCCAGAACACUACGUUACUGGAAGAAGAUGGUCGCACAAAUACCAUUGUACCGAUCCUCUACAAGACACCUUUCGGCGUCUCUAAAGCUCCGAUCUUCUUCAUGGGCGUUGAUAUUGCUGACCAGACGAACGAGAUGCGUGAGAUGAAGGUGGAACUGCACCUCUCGCACCUCAGUUUGCGCUACGACGUGCGUUCUAAGUGGCUGUUUCAGAUGCUGGAUAUGGUGCUGAUGGAAUACCCCGUCCCGAUCAUCCCGCUGGACUCAGCCACUAUGUCGGAUGAGGAGAGUACGAAGCUCUUUGAGACCGUCAAACGUGGAGGGAAUUACGAUGCUGUACCACUGGCUACAGCUCCAAAGACUGUGUUCACGAAGCUGUUCGUCAAUUUCUACGACGUUCUAGUCGAUUACGCGCCACUCACUUUGACGUCACGUGUGAUUCUCGUGCUGGGCAAGGUAAGUGUGUCUUCGAAUGUCGUCACGGGUGCCGUCAUGCAGGGCUACAAGAUCUCUGUGGGUGAUUUGGAGCUCUUCUUGACGCAAGCACGUGCUGGAUACGAGGAAAUCGACGAGGUUCUGUUGGGCAAUGACCUGUUCCUCCGGGGUGACGCCAAGAACAAGAAGAAAAGUCUCAAGUUUGCAACUAGCGGUGGGAGUUUGGACACAGAGUAUCCUUCGUUGCUUACGUUCUUGGAGAAGUUCGGCUUCUUGCAGAUUGUUACGAUGGAUUUUGUGGAUGUUUUCCUGCGAGUGCUGGUCCUACCGACGGCACUUGAGGUCGCAUCUGCAACACGAGGUCAGCUCGAAGAGAAGGCGUCAGCAGCAGCAGCAUCACCGGAGUUGUCGGUGGAAUUGAAUCUUGGUACGGCUAAUAUCUACGCGUGCUUUGAUUCCUUUAACACGUUGAUCGAGUUGUUGUCUGUGUGGACCGACCAGCUCGCGAUCGAACAGGAACCACGUGAUACUACUGCGUACGUGGGUCUGGAUGGAGAGAGCGACCCGUCCAGUGUGUCAGUUGUCACGAACUUGAGUCCAGCUCCUGCUGGCAUGCGGACGAUCGGUACUGCUUCUGAGGCUUCAGCACAAGAAUUUUCCAGUACUAGCAGUGUCCGAAGUGAACGUUUUUCGCUCGACGAUAAUGGCUCCAGUCGAGGCAUGAUUAAUAUCCUUGAACAGAUUGAUGAAGACGCUUUUGGUGGUGGCAAGAAGAUAUUCCCGGGGAAAACUGUUGCUACGGAUACAGAAGCUCGCUUGUUACGUACUCGCAUGGACUCGAUUCAGAGAGAGAAGGAGCGUAUGGUGCAUGGCCUUGAGCACGACGACCAGCUAUCUGCAUCGGAGCUGCGACUGAGGUAUCAGCGAGAGGAAAGACGCAAGUCGGCAAAGCCAGUUCGCAUUAAUGAGCUUGUCAUUGAAGACUAUUACUCUCAGAAUCGAUCGUUCGACGGACUAGAAGACGAGACGGCUGGCGCGUUCUUGAUGGAACCAGAGCAUAAUCACGACCAGGCUCCAGUGAACACAAAAGGAGAGGACCCGUGGUUCUCCUCAGUCCCUACAAACUCACCUGUUAUGGGCUCUUCUCCUGACAAGACAGCAAUGCCGUAUAACGAACAAGCAGCGCGGUGGCUUGGGCCUGGGGGAACUAGCGACGCUGGUAAUGGAACACCUAGGAGCGUCGGUGGAGACUUUCCUAUGUUCGAGCCGGUGGAAGAGAAGGCUCCAGCUCCACCUGCGAGUGUGGCGCCUAGUGUAGGACAGGCAACCAUAGACUACAGCAGCGACAACGCGUACGAUCUCGAAGACGAAGAUGAAGUGGACGACUUCGAUGCAAACCACUUCUCCAUGGGCGCCUUUCCAGCUGCAUCGAAGAACUGGUGGGGGAUGCAAAACAUGCCGGACGAAGUGGAGCUUAGCGAUCUCCAGACUGAAGAGACCGCGUCUUCCUUCUCGCAUCGAAUGGAUUUAAUGGAAGACCGAAGUGUGGCUCACCAAACCUUCAGCGAGGCAGGAAUGGACGACGCGAACGGCAACUCUGUGUUCCCCAAUACAAUGUCCAUGUCGAUUAUUGAUGUCGGGGAGGACCAAGGCAAGGAGAUCGAACUGGAUUUUGGACUUGACGGUGAUCUCCAGUCACGAUUCAAUCAGAUACUCGACAUGGAGGCGAAUAACGAAGAAGAUCUGGAUGACGAAGAUAACGAUGAAGAACAGCGACAAAAUCCUUCCGUGACGUCGUCUCCACGCGCUAUUCCAACACGACAGGCGUCAUUCUCAUCAACCAGUAGCCACCCCGGUGCUCCGUCGUCCUCGUUUGGUAUGCCCACAGUGUCUCCACCUGAUCAGCCGACAGCACGCUGGUUCUACGACGACCAACGAUCCGAUGACGGCGGGCCUCCUAUGACUGGUCCACCGUCCCGGAUAUACCCGCAUCACGUCGAAAUCCCAGUCGGAGGCUCGGCCACAUCGCUAUCAUUCGGUGAAAAGGAGUGCGAAGAUGCUAUUCGAUCCAUCGCACGGGAGAGCGCAGUACGCAAAGUGGAGGCGACGCCACCGAUUGUCGUUCAACAUGUUCUACUGCGUAACUUUAAUAUUUGCAUGCGGUUCUUCGGUGGCUGCGACUGGACGCGCGAUGCGAGUGAGGCUGUAAGACUCCACCCUCCCAAGGAGAGCCACGUGGAAGAGAACUUAAAGGGGAAACAACCUGACAGUGCUACAGCGAAGAAGGAGAAACUAUUGGACGCUCUGUUGGACAACUACGUGCCGUCAGAUGGUGGAGAUCUCUUUGGAAACGACAGUUCUCUGUUUACUACUGCAAAGAGUGCGCCCACUACCUCGUUCAUGAAGCGCGACCCAGCCACCAGGACGACAAGAGCAACGUCAAGUGACAGCACGCCGUCUCGCAAGCGUUCGUUGAAGAAAAGUGGACGCAAGACUGAGGAGAUGCUGGAGCUCGUGGUGACGCGCAUCCAGCUGCGUCUGGAUAUGUUCAAUGAAGCCGAGACGCAGUCGUUGGCAUCACAUACGGUGCUGGCAUUGGGCGAUGUGGAGCUGCUGGACUAUAUCUCUACCUCCCAGAUCCGUAAGAUUAUCUGCUACUGGAAGUCCGAGGCGACUCAUCCACGCGAAAGCGGCAGCUCGAUGGUGCGACUGCAGUUGAUCACGGUACGACCGGGCCCUAAUCUGUGCGAGGAGCAUCGUCUCAAGGCUCGUUUACUGCCAUUGAGGAUCAAUCUAGACCAGGAGGUUGUCAAGUUCUUACGUCAGUUCGUGCCUACGGAGGAGACUCCGACACCUAAGACGCGUCUGUCGCGACAGAUGAGGGAUGAGACUGACGAUGAAGUGGAGAUAACGAUGCACGAAGGAGGGAUGGAGAUGAAGCCCAUUGGAGAGAGUGCCUCUGUUGAGGCCAACGUGAGUCUAGGAGCCUGGUUCUUCCAGAGUAUCGAUAUCAAGCCGUGCAAGAUCAAGAUCGACUACCGACCCAACCACGUCGACUACGCGGCAUUGCGUGCUGGCGACUACUUAGAAGUGAUUAACUUAUUCGUGCUCGAAGGUAUGGAGCUGGUGCUUCGACGUGUGCAGAUGAGCGGACUGGACGGCUGGGCUGCACUAGGAGAGAACGUUCUGGUAUCGUGGGUGCAGGAUAUUUCACGCCGGCAGAUCCACAAGUGCGUGGCGAGUGUGUCGAUGCCUCCGCUCCGUCCGUUCGUCAACAUUGGCGCCGGUGCAGCAGACUUGAUUCUACUCCCGAUGGAGCACUACGGACGUGACCGACGUCUUGUGCGUGGUAUCAAGAAGGGAGCAUCGAGUUUCCUCAAGUCGGUGACGAUCGAGACGCUCAACACGGCGUCCAAGGUGGCGCAGGGCACGCAGGCGUUGCUGGAACAUGCGGAUGAUGUGGUGUCCUCGUCGUCUGCUCUACGUCGCAAGCAGCUCAAGUAUCGACAGGCUGGCAGUCGCAUCGCACGGAACUCGAGACGGAUGGGCGGCGGCGGCAUCCGUAACGCUCAAGACGCCGGUGGAGGCAUCGGAGGCCGGCAGUAUCUGACUCAGCAACCGGCGAGCGCUGCCGAGGGCUUCGGACAGGCCUACGACUCGCUGGCACGCGAGCUGCAUGUGGCUGCUAAGACUAUUGUGGCUGUACCGCUCGUUGAGUACAAGAAGACGGGAUCGCAGGGAUACGUGCGCUCGGUGAUCCGUGCCGUGCCCGUGGCGGUGUUGCGCCCCAUGAUUGGCGCUUCCGAGGCUGUGGCAAAGGCGCUCAUCGGUGUACGCAACGCGGUGGACCCGGAAUUGAAGGAGGACAUUGAAAACAAGUUUAAGGACUUCCGGGCGAUCUGAGCUGCGAAACGCGUACACAAGGCAAUAACAAAAGAAAGAGCACGUCGUCAGUUCAAUAUAAAUUUAUUUUGUCUUUCACGCUUCUGCAGGACUUGUAAAAGUAGUGAUAAGUUUUGUAGAAGCCCUUCUCAGGACUUGUGGGGGUAAUGCAUGCAUGAGGACUUGAGGAACCCACAUGACUCAACAAAUACAUGUACUACUCGUUGAAGUGAAAGGCAACA